AGCAAACUCCAAACCGAUCAUCACAUCAACCAAAAAGUCGUAUUCAACUGUUUUUUCUAACGUUAAACAAAUACUAAAAUAGAAGUUUAAGUGUCCGACAAUCUCAGCCUUUUUCUCACUUUUUCUCCACUCUUUCAUUCAUUCGUAGAGUUAUUCAUAAUUAAGUCCUUAUAUUCUGUUCAGUCAUCGCUUAUCGAAAGCCACACAAAGUUAUCGUUUUUAUCAUUAGUUUCCAAUUAAAUCAAUUUGAAAGUCGUUUUGGGAAUUGAGUGCAGCUAUUAUGCCGUCCACAGCAACAGUUCAGGUCCGACAGACCACCACAACCACCACAGCCAGAGCCUCAGUAUUGGUGAUCAAUACGGGAUACCUGUCAACAAAGCUGGGAAUCAUUAAACUACUGCUUUUGAUUUUUUCGUUGAUUUGUUUCGUUCUGCUCCUUCUGGAUGCGGACAAGUCAUCCGGGUAUUGGUAUUUACCGCCGGAGCAGUUCUUAGUGUUGGUUUGCUUUGCCAAUUGGUAUACCAUUACCAUUAUGUUAAUAUCGGCGCUGUUAUCAUUGGGAACGGCUUGUAUUUUGCCGAAAACCAGUUUUGAAUUUAUAUUUCAUUUCCUUGGAUUCGUGCUAUUCUUGAUCGGAGGCCUUUGGGUGGCUAUCGGAGCGUUCAAACACGAGAAUCGCACCGUUAAUAUCCAGGUGGCAUGUAUUUUGGCACUUAUUUGCGGAAUCCUUCAUUUGGUUCACGGAAUCUUCUCUUACAGACUCUGUAUUACAAAUUGACACAAAAUUGACAAUUAAUUGCAGAAUUGCAUACAUUUAUUGCUUUAAUAAUCGUCAAAAGGAGAGCACAUUUUUUGGAUGAAUUUUUCAGAUGAAAUUUAAUUUAAAUCAAUUAAUUGAUGGUUUAAUUGACGCCAAUUCACAACUAAUUAUCCAAAUCAAGCAAAACAAC